AUGGGUUCCUUUCUUGUUCGAGGGUGGAUUUUGGCCGCAUUAUUUGUGCAAACCAGUCUCGCCACGACAAUUCUUGCUGAGCCUACUGUGACUCCCACUCCUACUGCUGUGGGGACACACCAUAACCAGCAUCAGCAUCACCACCACAAUCACCACCAUUGGUCUCAUAUCCCUAGGCCUAUGCCUAGUCGCAAGCCUUGUCCUGUUCCUUCUUCAUCAGCAGUUCUCGCUUCCAGCGUGAUCCCCACUCCAACUUCGGCCCCUGUUUCUACUCCUUUUACGAAACCAUCUGUUGUUGUGUCUGCAACAGACUCUCUUUCAACUGGACUCGGAUCAUCUUCUUCACUAGUCAGCAUCUCGGGGUCUGCCUCUGAUAGUAGCACUACAACUGUCGCUUCUAUCCCUACAUCGACCUCAACUGGAGCACUUCAGUCGAGUGUGGCUUCUGGGUCCUCUACAUUGGAGUCGACCACAUCAACGGUUUUUUCUACCCGCACCGCUACCAUCACCGCGUGCCCUACUACUGUCCCUAACUGCCCUGUCAGUUCAAAGACAACAUUUGUGACUACAGAGACAAUUCUGGUAUCCACUACAAUCUGCCCUGUCACUGAAACUGCCGGUCCUACCCAGACAGCACCUGCUUCUCUAUCGACUGGAGGUUCUGGUGGCUCAGACUUCACAACUUCCACCAUCUAUACUACUCGCACUGCCACCAUCACCGCAUGCCCUUCUUCAGUGACCAAUUGUCCCCUGAAAUCAAAGACCACACACUUGGUCACUGAAACCCUGGUUGUCUCCACCACAGUUUGUCCCGUGGCAGAUGCUACUGUUACCGGCGCCGUGCCUACUAAGCACACUACAUCUCCAUCUGUCACUGAACCAAUUGGAGGUGGCGAGGCUUCCACGCUGACGACAUCUAUUAUCUUCACGACUAUCACGUCCACCGUCCUUGCCUGCCCUGAAUCUGUGACCGAUUGUCCUCUGAGAUCAAAGACCUCUUACGCAACCACCGAGACAUUCCCUGUCGCAACUACUAUCUACCCAGUCGUUGCAAACCCUCAGGCUACCGAUGUUAUCCCCGGAUAUCAAUCUGGCCCAGUUCACACAACGACCAUCAUCGUUGAAUCUUGCUCCGACGAUGAUACCUGUACUGGGUACACCAACACUAUCGUGAUGACCCAGACCAACGCUGCGGAGCCCACCGCGGCUCCCUCUCUGUAUACCCCACACCGGGGCUCUGGUGCUGUCUCUGCCUCCUCGACUCCUUCGUGGCUCCACAGCAGCCGCCCUAGUGAAAUAGCCACGGCUGCUGUUAUUACUCCGACAAGUGCAGUAAGUCCGGUGUACACCGGAGCUGCAUCUCUAGGUACUCAAUCGUCGUUGAUGCAGGUUGUGGGUACUAUGAUGGUGAUUCUGCUGGCGAUCUAUAUCUAG